UUACACGAGCCAAAACAAAGACGAAAAUUCCUGAAGGUUUCCUUAUAAGAAGUAAAAUAUAGACAACCAUACAUCUGAAUAGAGCAAACGGAGUAUCAAACUAAUUAAAUGAAGCAUUAUAUAGAAGCUUGCUUUAGGUAGAGGCUGAUAUUAGUGCUAAAGAUGGCUGGUAUGAAGAGUGUGCUGAGUAUAAAUGUUAUACUUCUUAUACAUCUGAGCUCCAGUGUCUACAUUCCAAUCCUGUCAACCAAGCAUCCAGAUAUGAUGGUAGUCAACAUUAAAUGUCCAUAUGAAUGCACAUGUGAUUUUCAGAUAAGUCGGGCUGUUUGUCAGAAUGGUUUUAGUCUUUCAAUACUGAAAGAUAGACGGCAUAUGUACCAACUGAAGACACUUUCUAUUAAGAGAGUUGAAGAAGUGUUGAUGAAAAUAACCUUUGAUAAAUUUAUAAUGCUUGAUAAUUUAGAUCUAAGUAGCAAUGUUAUUUCUGAAGUUCCAAAGAAUGCUUUCAAAGGAAAUAAGAAGCUAAAAACUUUAAAUCUCAUGAAUAACUACAUAGAUGUUUUGAAUUUUGAAACCUUUUUAAGUCUUUCAGAAUUAGUGACUUUGGAUUUAAGUCACAAUAAUUUACACACUUUUGAUUCAAGAUUAUUUGAUGAUUUAAAAAAUCUUGAGUAUUUGAAUCUUAGCAUGAAUGCAAUCACCGAUCUUCCACUUGGCGCUUUUAAGGAAUUAAAAAAUCUGAGAAUUUUAGAUCUGACUUCCAACGACUUGGUCCAUUUAACAAUGCCAAUGUUGGUUGGAAUGGAAACACUUCACACACUAAAUAUUUCUCAUAACGAUUUGGCCACCAUUCCUGAUGCAGUUGCUCAAUUUUCUGACAAUGUUUUCAAAUUUAUUAUUACCAAAAACAAUUUUGAUUGCUCAUGUGAACUCCAACCAUUGAUUCAAAGAAUUAAGUCCAAUCCAUCAAAAUAUGGAAAUUCCGAUGAUUUAAUUUGUAAUGGAAAGUACCAUUUGCUUGAAUUAGAAAACAUCACCAUGCCUUGUGCUCCACCUGAGGUUUAUUUCAUUACAAAUUCAAGCAGCAUACUUGCUCGUCAAAGUGUUUUACUGCAAUGUAAAAGUUACGGAGUUCCUCAACCAGUCAACUAUUGGAAAUCCCCAUGGGGUAUCAAUUUUGCCCAAGAAAAUGUGGGAAAUAUUCUACAGUCCUAUAAUAUCUCUACUGUGUCUUCUGCUUCUUACAUAGGAUACAGUUUAGGACUUGAAUCCAUAGUAGAAAUGAAAGAUGGCGACUCACUUUAUAUUGAUGUGAUGCGAGGUUAUUUUGCAGGUGAAUUCACAUGCAUCACUUUAAAUGGGAUCGGGGCUUCUAAUUUUUCGAUGGAAGUUGGUAUUCAUGAUGCUAUUGCUGACACGAAAAGUAUGAGUUAUUACAUCGGUGCAGGCAGUGCUUUUGUAAUAUUGAUAACUGGAAUCAUUAUUGGGUCAAUAUCUUUAUGCGUACAAAAAUGCAGUUGUUGCUGCGCUUGCUGCAGAUGUUGUAAUUGUGCCGAAACUGUGACAAUGGAAAAAGAUAUUAAAUAUACGAUUGAAGAUAUUGAUGAAUUGGAAGAAGGCAAACUCUCAACUCUGGAUUCUUGUGCUUCCAAUGAGUUUUACUUUUGCCCAGAUCCACCAGACACGCCAUUUAAUUCACCUACUGAACAAACACCAAGAGAAUCCCCUCGUAAAUGCCCAACACCAAGUGUUGAUUCAUCUGACAAGAAUAAGUCUCCUAACAUCAAAGACACUCUUGAUGAAGUUAAAGUGAGGCUCGAAAAAAAGAUGGAAAAGGUCAGAGGUCACUAUAAUUCACUUAAAGAAACAGGAUCUGGGUAUUUAUCAAACAUAAAAGGAUCCGCUGCUAUUAAAGUAGCUAGUGGUGUGGAGAGUGUUAAGUUUGGUGUACGAUCUAUCAAAGAGUUCUGUGGUACUGGUGACAUGGGAACACAGACUAUAUCAGCCCUUUCUUUUGGAACUGAUAAUCACAUGGCAACACAGACAGAAGAUGUUAAAAUUGAAUCCACAACUUUGUAAAAUAUAUUUUCAACUAAGAAAAAAAUGCUAUAGCUAGUUUACAUUGUAAUGAACAUGUAUGUUUUGUAAAUGUUGUGUAUUCUAUCACAAUAUGUACAUGUAUAUGAAGUAUGUGAAAAACUGUAAUAUUGUAAAAAAUGAAAUAGCAGUUAGCUAGAAGAGCUUGACAAGUGAAAUAAACAAAAAUUUGUUUUUCCUUUUUUAAAGUUUUAAAUGUAACCUUGGUAACGUGUAAUAAAUUUUGAAAUUUCUUCAAUGAGUUUUAGAAAAUUAAUGUAGUUUGAUAAUUCAAAAUAAGAUAAAAGAUAGACUGCAAUGUAUAUCUUGUAUAUAUAUAUACAUGUAAAAUUAUGAAAAAAAACAUUUGAUUGCAUUGAAUACAUACAAUCUUUCUUAAUUUCAUGAAUUUUAAUAGAGGCAUGAACUAGGAAAUAAAUUCUGAUAGAAAUAAUUCAGUGUUCUCAAAAACUGUCUGGCCUGUCUGUCCUGAUCACCAAAAAUCAGGUAGGACCACCAAUUUCCAGUGUAGUGUAGGGGGGAGGGUUAUUCUUUAGGGGGGCUUUCUGAUAACUAGUAUAGCUCCUAAUUACAAUGUUUAUCAAUAUCAGAUUAGGAACCAUUAUUGUGAAAUUGAUUUGGCUUACAUGUAUAUUUGUUUAAUUUGAUUCUGUGGAAUUAAUAAAUGAUGAUAGCAAAAAUAAAGGACCACCAAAUUUUCAAUGGAAACCACCAGAUUUAUAUAGUCUCUGUGGUUCUAAUGACCACCAGGCUAAAAAAGAUUUUGAGAACUCUGAUACAUACACUGUUCUUAAUGGCAUAAACACAAUACUCAAAUUAAUUUACUAGGAUUGUGUCGAUUCUCAAUUUUUUUUUAGGAGAAAAUAAUAUAUUGAAUGUAUAUAGGAGGGUCUGGAUGAGUUUACAGAAUAGAGAAUAAUAGGCAAAAUGUGCAGAAUAGAUGUUAAAAAAAUAAAGAAUAGAGAAUCAUCAUGAUAAUGGGGUGCUAAUAUAUCAAGAAUAGAGAGUAAUGGGCAAAAAUAUAGAAUACAGGAAAAUUACAUAAAAAAUUAAAGAAUACAGAAAUGGAGCACCUCUCAUCCAGACAUUUUUCUUGUCUUUCACAUCUUUUUUACAUAGCAUCAGGCCAUGUUUCCUUUGAGUGAUUAACACUAAGUUAAAUUAGCAUGUUAAGUUGAUAAAAGUAGUUAGAUCUUCAACUUAGGUAGAAAAAACAUUCCACACAUUCCAGUUGUUUUGAAACAUUCAACAUUUUGUUUUUAAUGAUUCCUUGUUGUUAUAUUUCUUUAUCAUGUUUAUCUUAACACUUACAACUUAAUUUUUCAUUAUUGAACAUUUGCAUGGGACAUUAAAUUUCAUGGUAGCCAUUAUCAAGUCAACAUGGUCAAUAUCUAAAACCUGUCAUACAAAACUAAUAUAACUUGGUACGAUGAACGUAAAUGUACACGAAUAAAUCUGUGUUUUUCAAUGUUGAAAAUUAUGUCAUGUAUAUGCUCUACAAGGAGGAAACAGAAUAUAUAUAUAAACAUGAUAAAGUUAUGUAAACUUUGUUUAAUUCUAAUACCAAGUUUCUGGUUUUUUUUGUAUUAUUUUAUUUUUCCUAUUUUUUUUUAUCAUGUUUACAUGUAUAUGACUAUGUUUAUACCAUAUAUCAUAUAUAUUAUAUAUUAACCUGUUUCUAUGUAAGCUACAUAGUACAACAAAAAAUUCACUCACUUUGUGUCUUCAUUACUGAUAUAAUUUCCCAGACUUAUUCAUCAUAGGAAUUUAUAAUGGAUUAUAACAUGCACCAUUUGAUUUUUUUUUUGCAUACAUUUUUAGUUUGAGUGCCUAGCUAUAUAUAGGCUUGGGUAGUUCAAAACCAAUCCUUAAAUGUUAGAAAUGUGACAGUGUACCAACUUUAAAACAAUACUGAAAGAUUCUGUAUCAGAAUUAUUUUUCAUUUCAAACUUAUAGUGUUGUUAGAUUUUAGUUAAAUUUUAUUUAUUUGGAUUUCUCUAAGACUUUAUACUUAAGGGCAUACGAUACAGUUUUGAUUUCAAGGUGAAUUUUUGACAAAAACUUGCAUACCAGCUAUUUUUCACUUAGCCUUUUUCACUUAGCCAAUUUAAAUAUGUAAUAAAAAAUAUACCUUCAACAUACUUUUAGAGAUAAAUGGGGUAGAAAGUUUAGACAUUUACUCAAAAUUUCAAUUUCUUGGAAAUUUCUAUACAUAUGUAUAUCCUGUGGACAGACAUUAUUAUGUAACCAAACUUUUUUGUUUCAAAAGAUAAACAGAUGCGGAUUUUUGAAAAAGCAUUUCGAAUAUCUUCUCAACAUAAAUAUGCUAUAUAUUUGUGUAACAAUUUUUUGGAAAUAAUUCAUUUUAAUUGAAUUUUCAUGAUUUUAGAUAAAAAAGCACCUUUUGCUGUAUAUUUAUCUGAUUAUAAAAAAAAUCAAUGGUGAUUUGUUCAUAAAAAUUGGUACAACUAAUCUUCAUUCAUGUUCAAUCCAUAAGACAUUUUUAAAAAGAAGGGUCCAUGUGCUCGUCUUCAAGCUAAUGAUGAAAAUCAGUCGAAAAAUGCAUCUUUUCCUGAUGUGGCAUAUUCUGAUGGCAUGAAAAAUAUCAUUUUACAUGUAUGUUACCAACGUCAUUUCCUCCCCUGUAACUGUAUCAUAUGCCCUUAGCUUACAUCCUAGCUGUUGUUGGACAGUUUACUAAUAUUUAGUUUGUGUAACAAGUUAAGAAAUGAUAAAUUAGAUAUGUUUCCAUUCCCAUUUAUAAUUGCUGCUAAAUUAGUAUAUCAGCUGUCAUUUUUGGCUGGGUUGCACAAAUUUGAAAUCCUAGUAUUUAUAUGGUGGGGGACUGCUUGAUAGGAAUGAUAGAUUUAAUUAUUUACCUAUAAUCUGAUAAUCAUUGAUUUAUUUACCCUAAGUGACCGUCUGGAAACCACAUGUUUUGGACACACAAAGGAACAAAAUAGACAAAGUCGAGCAAUAUCUAUAUCAGUCAGCGGUACUACUUGUACAAGUUAUUUUUAUAUAAUGGUAUGAUGUCGUCGUCGUCCGAAGACACAUUGGUUUCCAGUCAAUAACUUUAGUUUAAGUAAAUGGAUUUCUAUGAAAUUUUUUAAGAAGGUUCAAUACCGCAAAAGGAAGGUUGGGAUUGAUUUUGGGGAUGAUGGUCCCAACCGUUUAGGAAUUAGGGGCCCAAAACAAGCAUUUUUCUAGUUUCGAAUAAUAACUUGUGUAUAAGUAUUUCGAUUGCUCUGAAAUUGUACGACAAUGUUUAAUACCACAAGGAGAAGGUUGGGAUUUAUUUUAGGGGUUAUGGGGCCAACAGUUUAGGAAUUAAGGGCCAAAAACAAGCAUUUUCUAGUUUCCAGACAAUAACUUGUGUGUAAGUGUAUGGGUCUCGCUGACAUUGUACCACAAGAUUCCAUAUCACAAAGGGAAGGCUAGGAUUGAGUUUGGGGUUAAUUACCCUAAUAUGUAGGAAUAAGGGGCCAAAAACAAGCAUUUUUCUAGUUUCAAGACAAUAACUUGUGUUUAAGUGUAUGGAUCUUUCUGAAAUUGUACUACAAGGUUCCAUACUACUAAGGAAAGGCUGGGAUUGAGUUUUGGGGUUAUUGCUCCAAGGGGGGUUUCAAAAAGUUUGGGGGGGGGGGGAUUUUUUUAGAGGAUUCAUAAUUUUUUUUCAAAAUUUUUCAAAUUUUGAAUUUUUGAAAAGUUUCAAGAAGAAAUCUUCAAUUGCACAGUAUUGCGCAAUAGAUUUGUAAGAUCUUGAACACAUUUAUUUUGUGUCAGAAAUCUAUAUUAUGUCAAAAAUUUUAUCACAAUCCAAAUUCAGAUAGUAUCAAGCUUGAAUAUUGUGUCCAAAUUUGUACCAACUGUUUAUGGUUCAACCUCUGCGGUCUUAUCAGGCUGUGCUCAGCGAAGCAUUUUAUUAUUUACUUGAAGAGGUAAAUAAUAAUAUACUUAUAUAAGUAAAUUUGUUAUAUUCAUAUUUUCUUAUAAAGUUUGAAUAAUCUCCCCUUAAUUUUCUCAAAAAAAUUUGCUUGUAUAUGUAAUUUUUUUUUACAAUCCCUAAAAUUCUCAAGUUUUGGGAUGUAAAAACACGCCUUAAACAAUUUUUCUCUGGUUAGCUCAUAAGUUUUUAUUAGAGUUCAAUGUUUCAUCUAGCAUGUCUAGUUAAUUCAACAGGGAAACUAAUUGCGCAAAGAUCUUAUGUAAUUGUGCAAGGCCUUCAAAAAUUGCCCCUUGGAGGCUUGUAAAUGAACAGUAAUUUUGGAAAAUAACAGACAAAUGAGAUUUUCAUGCAAUUACACAUCAAUAAUUAGUCCCCUACCGAGGAAGUCGAAGGGGACUUUAGGUUUGCACUCCGUCCGUCUGUCCAUCUGUCCAUCUGUCAGUCUGGCAAAUCAGCUUUCCACACUUUUUUUCUUCGUUCUUGAAGAUAUUGCUUUGUUAUUUAUUAUAUAGUUUUAUCAUGACAAGUUAUAGAUCAAGUUCGAAUUUUGUUCCGGUCUGAUGAUUUAGUCCAGAAUUAUGGACCAUAACUCUGGACCAUAUUUAAUGUUAGAGUACUAUGUUAAACCAUAUUUCUGUACAAAGGGAGAUAACUCAUUUUUUAAAAGAUAUUCUUUGUUAAAUUAUUUGAGGAAUUUUUUGACAGGUUUGUUUGUUAUUUAGUAUAAACUAAUUUUCUGAAUGCCAUAUAUCAUGUAUAUAUAAAAAAAAAUUAUGACGAGAAAUCCUUUUAUUAGAUAAUAAUCUAUUUUUAUUAAUGUAUAUAUUUCAAUACAUUACAUUGUGUAGAUAAAAGUUGUUAACAUUUUAUAGAUAAGUUAUAAAUCUAUAUUAGUUUGUGACAAAUGAAAGAAAAAAAUAUUUGGAACUAUUAAUUAUAUCUGAUUAUAAUUUGAAAAUAGAUAUACACUGUAUUACAUCAUAUCUAAUUCUAGAGAACUAUUAAUCAUAUCUAAUGUUUUUUUCGUCAUGCUUAUAAGAUAUUGAUUGAUAAUUGGUAUAUAGUUUUAUCGUGACAAGUUACAGAUCAAGUUCAAAUUUUUGUUUCGGUCUAAUAAUUUUGUGCAGAGUUAUGGUCCUUGGACUUGAAAAUUCACUCAUAUAAUCAGUUUUCAACAGUUUUUAGUCAUGCUUGAAGAUAUUGACAUGAUAUUUACUUUUUGUUUACACCAUGACAAGUUAUAGAACAAGUUAGCAUUUUGUUCCAGUAUAAUGAAUUUUUACCCGGUAGGGGACUAUGUAUUGCCAGGCAAUACUCUCAGAAUGCUUGUUAAUAAAGACAUAUGCAAAGGACAGACAAUUAAAAAUUCUAUUAGAGCAAAGAAGUCCUGAGAAAUUCAAGAAAAGAAGAUAGUAUGACUAUUUUACUUGUACAAGUAAAAAAAUCUUAAUGACUAAGGGACAUAACUAAGCCAAUAAAAUACACUUGUAUAAGUUUUUACUGAUAUAAGUAUAGUAAUAUUUACUUCUUUAAGUAAAUAAAAAUGACUUGUACAAGUAGUACCCCUGACUGUAUAUGCUCCCAUGUUUUUUCAAAUAAUAUGUGAUGAGUUUAUUAAUUACAAAUUUUUUUUUAAAUCAAAACAAUAUUAAAUAUAUUAAAUUUUUGUAGUAAACUGAAAAAAUGGCACUUUGAGUUUUUCUUUAUUUUGUGCCCUAUAAUUCAAUUGAAAAUAUGUACAGUGUCAGCUAUUAAAAUUUGUUGUCUUGAUCAACAAUGAAAUUGAUGAACAUUCAUUAAGCAUCCAAUGAAGAAAAAUGCAUCCAUUUCAGAAAAGCCUGUUGAUUUUCUGCUGUAUCCACAUUUCUAUUAUAUUCACAAUUUUUGAACUUAGGGCCACAUUUACAGUUAACUAUUUAGUGUAAAUAUUUGGUCCCUGUGCUGAAGAGAGUGUCUUUACCUCGAGCUCUAGCUCUAUGUGAGGAUUUAUUUGUGUGCUGUGUUAUAUGAUUUAUUUGUGUGCUGUGUUAUAUGAUUUUUAUAGUAUUAUCAUUUAACCUUUCAAAUAUUUACUUCUUGUAAAACAAUACCAGAUUUCACUUUAAACCCAUCCAAUAAAAAUUGACUUUUACAUCAGAUACUCCCUAGAUCUGAGAUAUGAUAAAUGUUCCUUCAUUGCUUGAAACUUGAUUCUCUUGAAUAUUUGUAUACUGUUGUAUGUCUUUUGGUCUUUUUUUUUCACCAUGGGGUUGUCAGUGUUUUUUUUUUUUACUUAUGAGUUUGAAUGUCCCUUUGGUAAAAUUCGCCUUUCUUUUUUAUUCUUGAUUUCCUUUCAUUUCUUGUGUAUGUUCACUGGUUGUACAAUGAUUAUAUGUACUAUGUAGAUAAAGAGUAUGUUGGCUCUGAUUAAUUCCAGUUUGCUUUGAUUCUUCAUUUAAUCAGAAUUUUGUGUAAUGUAAAUAUGAUGUAUUGUAUUCAUAUCAGUUGUUUAUUAAAAUAAUAUUUGUAUUUUUGCUGUUAAUAUGUUUGAAAUUAUACUUUAAUAAAAAAUAGUUUCCAUGCAAAA